UUGCGCGCGCUGAUAUGAUAUGUUAGUAGGAUGGUAGGCAGUGCUGGAGGAUUGCCUGGGCAUUAGCUGCUCCUCUUCGGCUGGAAGCAGCGUGAGGAGAGAGAGAGAGAGAGAGAAAGCGAAGGAGAGAGAGCGGGAUGAUGGCUUCGAAGGAGAGCUCCGCGCCAGGCUUCCUGCCCGUCAGCCGCGAAAUGACCGAAAGCAUCAGAAGAGUUAUUGACAAGCCAUCCAUCAAGUUGGCGCGAGCGGUCAAGGUAGAAAACAAGAACGGCAAAUCAGAAGACAGGAUUUUGGUCUUGGCGACAUGGCGGCUUUACCUCAUGGCUCCGAAAAUACCCACCAAGGUGGAGCAAACAUUUAACUUCCUAGAGAUUCGUGGAAUGAGCACUCAUCCAGACAACCAGGUUGUCAUAGAAACAGAUAAGUCCACCUACUCCCUCAGGUUGCAGUCAAGUGACCACCUGGAUCAGCUGCUCAGCCAUGUCAACUUCGCUCUCUCGCGCAUCUUCAACAACUCCAUCUACGCACCCUCUAUCUUUCAAACAGAUGGAGAUGUCUCGGAUGGGGGUCAUAAAUUUUCCCCGAACUCUGAAACGUCAGUGGAGACCCAAAGGGCGUGUGGAGGCUUCUCAGAGACCUACGCGGCCCUGUGCGACUAUAACGGCAUCAGCUGCAAAGAGGAAGUGCAGUGGGAUGUGGACACUAUUUACCACUCCCAGGACAACAGGGACUUUAACCUGUUAGACUUCAGCCACCUUGAAAGCAGGGAUCUUGCCGUGAUCGUGGCGUCCAUGGCGUACAACACGUGGUUCAACAAGCUCUACUGCAAGGACUUGCGCUUAGGUUCAGAGGUCGUGGAGCAGGUCCUCCACACAAUCAGUAAGUCCUGCAGCCUGGAAGAACUCACACUGGAGAAUGCAGGCCUAAAAGCAGAUUUCCCUCAGAAAAUGGCAACAGCCCUGGCGGAGAACCCAGCGUCCAUGCUGCACUCCCUCAACUUGGCCCACAAUACGUUGGACAAUCAAGGAGUGUCAAAUCUCAUCCAGCAGGUGUGUCGGCUCAGCAAAGGCCUGCGUCUGCUCAACCUCUCCAAAACCUCGCUCUCCUCAAAGGGUGUGACAUCUCUGUCUCAGGCUUUAUGCUCCAGCGACGACUACUCCAAUUCUCUCCUCCAUCUUGACUUGAGCAAAAACCCAGGAGUUCUUUCAGGAGAGGACGCCACGAACUUGUACCUGUUCUUGGCUCAGCCCAACUGCUUGGUGCAUUUGGAUCUGUCGGGCACUGACUGCACGGUGGACUCAUUGUUUGGGGCUCUCCUCCGGGGCUGCUGCGCUGACCUCUCCUAUUUGAAUCUCUCUAAGAACUCCUUUUCUCACAGGAAAGUGAGAGAAACUCUCCCCACCUUCCGUCAGUUCUUUAGCUCGGCGUUCAGUCUCACCCACCUCAACUUGUCCUCCAUGAAGAUGCCGCCGGAUGCACUCAGGGCUCUCUUUCUCGGACUGUCCUCCAACCCUCACAUCACUGACCUGCACCUGGACGUCAGUGGUUGCGAGCUCAGGUCAGCAGGUGCAGCUGUAAUACAGGACUUAUUCCCCCAAGUCUCCUGCAUCAGCACCUUAGACAUCUCAGAUAACGGUUUGGACACUGAUCUUUUCUCGGUCAUCCCGGCCUUCUCCCGACAUCCCUCCCUCAAGCACCUGCUGCUGGGCAAGAACUUCAAUGUCAAGGGCAGGGCACUGGACGAGAUCCUACAGAAGCUGGUGCAGCUCGUGCAAGAAGAGGAGUGUGGUCUGCAGAGCCUGUCCCUGGCUGAUUCCAGGCUGCGUUCGCGGGGUACAGUGCUGGUCAACGCACUGGGCAGUAACGCAUGCCUGAGGAAGGUUGACCUGAGCGGAAAUGGCCUGGAGGACACAGGAGCCAGGAUGCUGAGCAAAGCCUUGCAGAUCAACACCACUCUCAGGAGUGUGACAUGGGAUCGGAACAAUACCACAGCUUCAGGGUUUCAAGACGUCGCACGUUCCUUGGAGCAUAACUUCACUCUGCAGUACAUGCCUGUCCCGCUCAAUGAUGUCACACAGGCAUACCGCAGUGCCCCCGAGAGGACGGAGCAGGCAAUGACAAAAAUCCAGCGGGCUCUGUUGAGGAACAAUCAAACUCAGCGAUUCUCACAGAAGCAGGCUUUAAGGCUGCAUCAGGGUUUGGUCACCAGUACUGCUGAACAGGUGAUGGAGCGUCUGUGUGUGCGCGUCCAGCAGCAGGUGUGUGUGUUGAGAGGAACAGGUGAGGGGGAGGAGCUCCAGGCUGCCAGGCAGGUUCUGAAGGAGGCCAGGAACUCUCGAGCGCUUUACCCUUCUUUGUGUGAGCUGGCUCAUGUGCUAUCCGUGGAUGGCCCGGUCAGACAGAGACUGGAGUCCCUGGCUGGAGAGCUGGCCAAAGCUGCUGACAAGGAGCUACAAGUGAUCGUGGACUCCAUGGUGUCUCUGUGUCGGGAGCUGUGUCCACUCUCUACUGUUGCUGCAGAACAACUCUCUCCUCCUCUGUCCUCCAUCUCUGAACGUGUGUCCAUCCCUCGUUCUGCUAUCCGCACUGCACUGAUGGAGAGAGCAGCACUAGACAUCAACCGUGCACUGGAGGAGGUCAAGCUGUCUGUGGUUUCCUAUCUCACCAACUCUGUUGUGGACCAGAUCCUUCAAGAGCUCUACGCAACUCACAAGACCCUGCUUCAUCAGGUCGCUCAGAUGCGGCGGCUGGACGAUGGCGGCACGGCCAGGCGCACGCUCAGACACGGCGACCCAAUGGACAUCCCCGAGGACGACUUUGGCAUCAGCAUAGAUACCAUCGCAAUAAAGAAGCGCAGCUCCAGAACACGACGCAUCCGCCCCGUCUCCACCAGACUGAGUUUAGGUGAUGACCCUAACUCCUCUCCUUCUCUCUCGGUGCCUCGUCCAGCUGCUCCCCUUUCUCGUUCAACCUCAUGGGAAGGUCUGUCCACCCUGCCUACUCAGGGGGCACCUCUGCGCCACGUGACCCACGUCAGACCCCGUCCUCCGAGAAGGCACAGGGCCGGGCAUGCCCCUGUGGAGAUGCAUUCUUCUGAGAAUGGGGGAGUCAACCUGUUGGAUGAUGGCCUGCCAGAUUUCUACACCAAGAGGGUCCUACCAGACAGUCAGCUGUCCUCCCACCAUCAUGCCCAGGCUCUGAGGCGUAAGAAGAGACGUAGCGUACUGUCCAUCUUCUCAGGCUUUAGGAAGAACCGCAAUUCAGCGUCCUAUCAGGAGGCAGAGCCUGCUGGCCAGAGCGGGGCCUGUGGGGACGAAUGUCGCACCAAUGUCACCGCAGAGAAUUUGUACUCCGUCAUUCAGCACCGUAAGGACCGCGGCGGGGUGGAGCCAGCACGGGAAGGAGCCAAUGGGAGGCUGGUGGGAGCUCAGAGGACCCCUCAGCUCCCAGGACGGUCAAUUCCGGGCAUUCCACUGCCAGGAAAAAAGGCCGUCAGCUCCUCCUGCAUCUUACAGAGACGACAGUCCCCUGACUAUAGUGAAGUGUUUGGCUCCUCAGAAGAGGUCAGUUUGGCCAGCAGAGAGACAUCCAGGCUGCCUGAGUCACAGGCUGAAGGUCAGACGGCACCUAUGGACAGACACGACCAGUCAGACGGUCAAGGCCUGAGCCUGUCUUCGGCCGAGAAGGAGGAAGACGCAGUAUCAGCUACAGAGUCCCAGCCACGAGAGAGCAGACAAAGACCAGAGCCGCCUCCUCAGAGCAGCAAGCCCAGCCUGGCCCACACCAGGCAGCGCCAUCUGGAGGAGAGCUCUGACAAAUCUACAGAGGAUACUGAAGGAGAGAAAGAGGAAGAUGAUAUAAAGGAGGAAAUGAGAUGUCAGGAAGAUCAACAGCAAAAAGCAGAGGGGCAAACUCCUCCCAUCCCUGAGAAGCCAAAUAAUUCACCUGAAACAUCUCCUGCUGCCUCGCCACCACAAGACACAUCCAAUGAGAAUAAAACCCCACCUCCUGUACCGCCCGCCUCUGCCAAACCUACGCUUAGUGUGGUAGAUUCGCCUGUCACUCAAGGUGAUGAGGAAGAGCCCAACUUAAACGGAGGUCCCGCAAAGCCUCAAAAAAACCGAAAGGCACACUCCUGUGAGGGCGGCAUGGAGCAAGGCAGCCCCAGUGAUCUGGAAAGGUCUUCAGAUCCCAAGCCCCCUGUGAAAAAACCCAGACUUCCUCCAAAAAAAAACAAAUCGUUGGAUUUUCCUGGUCAAGAUCCAAGCAAUGGCAAAGCAUCGUGACCCGACGGCACUGAUGAGCAGGAGGUACUCUUUCAAGCAGAGAAAGAACAGAGGGGAAGAGGAGAGCAGAGGAAAACAGAUGGAGGAUGAAAAUAGGGAGAAGAUCUGGGUGGACUGAUCUUAAAUGACUCACGGGAUGGACAGAAAUGCGUUCUCUUUCUCUCUGACGCUUUACCAACUCUCUCUCUCUCUCUCUCUCUCUCUCUCUCACGCACUCCGCUCCACUGCUCUCGCUCAUAUCCCUUAAUUUACCGAGCGAAAUGCUUCGUGCCGCUCACGAUCAUGCGUUCGAUUUCAAGUGUCUCCUGCUAUUAGGUCUCCUUUCCUCCCCGUCUCUUUCCCUCGUCUCUGCUCCUUCUGUCCUGCCUCUCAAUCUGCAGACAAUCCUUGACACAGCUAUACCUGCGUUUUAAAGGUACAAUGAGUCAUAUUUCCAUAAGGCACUUCAUACACCACACAUUAUUGACUUAUUGCUUGGCUUGCUGUGAUCUCAGAAUAUGAUGUAACCUCCAGUGUUAGCCCAGUGUCCGUGUUUUCUGUUUUUCCAAAUGUACAGGCUGUGAGCCUCCACUGUGCGUUUCAUUCCUACCACCAGUUAAAGGGCCCAUAUCACGGGAAAUGACUUUUAAUGUGGUGUAAACAUUUAUCAACCUUAUUAAGGUGUCAAAACAUCACUCCCCAGUUCAUAUAUGGAGACUAAGCUGCGAAUACAGCCUGUUUUGAAGUUGUUGGGUUUGUGAUGUCACAAAAAAAACAGCACAUUUACAUACAUCCACCUGUUCAGCCUACAGCAGUUUAGCAUUCAAUUUGACAAUGAUGUUCAUGAAAUAAGCUCCAUUAUUAAUUCUAUUUCAAGAAUACAAUAUUUCUUAGUACUACUCUUAUAUUUGUUUAUCAUUUAUCAUAUUUAUUACCUGUAAUAUGGCGACUAAACUGUAAAUACAGCCUGUUUUGAAGUGUGAUGUCACAAAAAAAACCAGCACAUUUACAUAUAUCCACCUAUUCAGCCUACAGCAGUUUAGCCCCGCCCAUUCAAAUUGACAUUGACGUUUAUGAAAUAAGCUCCAUUAGUAAUUCUAUUACACGAAUGCAAUAUUUCUUAAUAUUCUUUUAUUUGUUUAUCAUUUAUCAUAUUUAUUACCUGUAAUAUGGCGACUAAACUGUAAAUAGAGCCUGUUUUGAAGUGUGAUGUCACAAAAAAAGCACAUUUACAUAUGUACACCUAUUCAGCCUACAGCAGUUUAGCCCCGCCCAUUCAAAUUGUCAAUGACAUUUGUUAAAUAAGCUCCAUUAUUAAUUCUAUUACAAGAAAACAAUAUUUCUUAUUAAUAUUCCUGUAUUUGUCAUUUGUUAUAUUUAUUAUUUGUGA